CCGCCCCGCCCGCCGCGCUGCCACUGCUAUUUAUUUCCCCCAAUUCGCCAUUGCCCACAGCAGCAAGGAAUCGAGAUCCAAUCACCUCCCCUCCCCUCCACUCCUCCCCCGCGGCAAGAGAGAUCCAGCCAGAUCCGUCCAGUUCCAUGGCGACCGCCGGCAACGCCCCCCGCUCCCGCAAGCGCGUCGAGGCCACCGUCCUCAAGCGCGCGCGCGACGGAAGCGCCUUCACCCGCUGCGAGGCGUGCAACAAGGACGUAGCCAUCGUCCUCAUCGACCUGCACAGCUGCAGCCUCGACUCCAAGAUACGCCUCAGCCUCGAGUCGCAGGUGGUGGAGAAGGCCGUCGAGAUCCAGGAGAAGAAGAGGAAGACGCCCUCCGCUGCCGCCGGAGGCAAGGGGAAGAAGAAGAGCAAGGCAGACGGAGAUGGUGCCAAGAAGCCAAAGGCAAAGCGCCCACCAACUGCCUUCUUCCUCUUCAUGAAGGACUUCAGGGUUGAGUUCAAGGCCUCUCACCCUGACGAGAAGGGUGUUGCCGCCGUUGGCAAGGCAGCAGGGGAGAAGUGGAAAUCCAUGACCGAAGAGGAGAAGAAGCCCUACCUUGACCAGGCCAAGGAGCUCAAGGCCCAGUUUGCCAAUGGCGAGGGCAGCGCGGAGAACAAUGUGGGAGAUGAGGAGAAGGCAGAUGCGGAUGCAGAGGAGGUGGAGGAUGCGGAGCAGGAGGUGGAUAAGCCAGAAGAUGCCCCAGAGGACGAAGAGGAGGAAGAGGAGAAGAACGAGCUGGAUGAUGACAUCUAGACGGAGCUGAAGAAGGGUGCUCGUUUUCCCGUUUUGUAAAUGGCAGGUGUUCUAUCUGUCCUGGGCAACCUGAAUCUCGGCCUAAACUCUAGGAGCAGCAGUAGUGAAUGUUGUGGCUGGUUGCAGUCUGUUUAUCAUUGUUAUGGAAUGGAAGGAAAGCAGGGUUGAUGUGGUGGUCGAUGAA